GCUUGGCAGCAUACUGGUUCCUGUAUACACGAAACAUGCGUCGGCGAGCGGUGCACAGUGAUAUUGCGCUACGUGCAGUUAAUCAACUUUUGAUGAGCAUACCAUGUUUUUGAAUGCUUGUAAAUUAGGCAUUGCUGGGGAGCGACUGCGUUGCAGCCGGCGGCCGCUCCCCGCCAAUUUGCACUGACCGGGCCCAAUGGCGGAGGACAACCCGGACUCGCGCAAGCGGACGAGGAUAGACAAGCGCGAGGAUGAAGCGCUUCAGGCCGUUCGCACGGACGUGGGUGUGUCGGGGCCUCUGAACUGGCCCACCUUCGGCACCGCCCAGCCCGCUCGCACGCUCCGAAGCCGUGCCCCCGAUGCGCCCAGCGCGUGCACGGGCCUGCUCACAGCCGGCGCGGCCACGCUGCUUCCGGCGUUCACACCGCGCAAUCACCACUUCACCUCGCCCUAUGAGCUGGACCUGAACUUCGAUGUGGAGCGGCACUACCAGGACCAGCUGGACUGGCUGCAGGCCACACAGCCGGACGCGCAGGUGCCGCGGCAGCUGCUGAGCAGCCUGCUCAAGGAGAACCAGUGGGCGCACGCGCACCCGGAGCCCUACCGCCACCUCAGCCGCGUCACCCAGGCGGCGGCGGAGGCGGCGGGCCGGCCCGCCUACGACACCGCCGCCGCCCGCCUGCGCGGCAGCCGCCUGUGCGCGCUGCCGCUGCAGGUGCUGCCGCCGGCGCCCAGGGCGCCGGCGCAGCCUGUGCAGGGCGGGGCGAAUGCAGCAGCAGCAGCAGCAGCAGCAGCAGCAGCAGCAGUGGGUGGAAUUGGUGGGGCUGCUGCGGGCGGUGGAGGCGUGGGAGGUGGAGGUGGAGGUGGAGGUGGAGGUGGAGGUGGAGGUGGAGGUGGAGGUGGAGGUGGAGGUGGAGGUGGAGGUGCUGCCGACAGCGCUGGAGUGCCGCCAGCCCCGGGGAGGGCUGCAGCCACGGAUGCCGCCGCCGCCGCAGCAGCAGCAGCAGCAGCAGCGGCUGGAGAGGAGGUGACUGUGGUGUUUAGCGCCACGGGGCAGAUAGGCGAGGUCCUGACACUGACGGUGCUGCGGCGCGCGUCCCCGCGGCCGCCAGCUCAACGGGCGGGCGGCAGCGGCGGCGGAGGAGCGGCGGCGAGUGGCGGCGGCGGCGGAGGAGGAGCAAGAGGAGGAGGAGGAGCAGCAAGAGGAGGAGCGGCAGCGGCGGCAGCUCCCGAGCUGCAGUCGGAGCCCGGGCUGCAGGCCUACCCCGCGGCGCACCUCUCGCUCCACAAGUCCAUCUGGCAGAUCGCCGCGCGGCCCCAGACCCGGCCGCGCCCGCCGCCACUGCAUCUGGACACAGGGCCGGGCGGCGGCGGCGGCACCGGCGGCAGUGGGGCGUUCGUGUGGCCUGCGUCCUGGCACCUCACGCGAAGCACACACCCGAUUGGACAGCAGGGGCAGCAGCCACAGCACGGGCAGCAGGGGCAGCAGGGGCGGCGGCAGCCGGAGCAGGCGCAAGAGCAGGAGCCGCGGGAGCAGGAGCAGCAGCAGGCGGUGGUGUGGGUGGCGGUGCGAUGCAACUUCGCGGUGCAUGUGGUGCUGGCGUACCAGACCGACGCCCGGGACUGGCGCAGCUGGCGGCUGGAGUGGCGCGGCAGUACGUCGCCCGGCGCCCGCCUCACCGCCGCACUGGCCUGGAACCCUCAGCUGCCGGAGCUGGCGCUGGUGCUGGCAGACGGCGCCGUGUUCACCAUCGCCACACACGCCGCCGCCGGAGGCGGCGCAGCCGCAGGCGGCGGCGCAGCCGCAGGGCCGCGGCAGCUGCCGCUGCGGCCGGUGCUGCUGCCGCUGCCGCCGGAUGACCCCUCCAGUCGGCGGGGCUGGGGCCCGGCGCCGCCGCCGCUGCCCGCCAACCCACAGCGGCUGGCGCUGGGGCCGCUGGGGGGGCGGCUGUGUGUGGCCUAUGGCGCUCACCCUCGCUGCCUGCUGGUGGCCCGGGGCCGCGACCUGCUGGCGGUGACGCUGAGGCCGCCCGGGCAGCGGCACAGCUGCAGGCUGAUGCUACGGCUGGGUUCCAAGGAGGGGGCCUUCUGGGGCCUUAUGUCGGGGUCGGGGCUGCCGGCGCCGCAGCUGGACGCAGCGCCCCACCUGCUGCCGCACCUGCUGGUGGCCGUCACCGACCGCGACGUCGUACUGCUCGACCCGCGCCGCCAGCGCCGCACGCCGCCGCCGCCGCCGCAGACCCAGCUGCAGAAGCAGAAGCCGCCGGCGCGUGCCGUGCGGCGGAGAGCGGAGGAGGCGGCGGGGGAUGAAGGGGAUGCGGCGUUGGUGGCGGCGGGACUGGCACGGCGGCCGAGGAAGCGGCGUGCCACGGCGGCGGGGCCGGCGGCGGCGGCGGCGGCGGCGGCCGCCGCACCUGGCGGCGCCGCCGCCAGCGGUGCUGCGGAUUCAACGGGCAUGCCCGGGACCGCAGAGGCAGGGGGAGCAGGAGGAGGAGGAGGAAAUGGAGCCGCGAACGCGGGUAGCGGCGCGGGGAUCUCGCGGCGGCGGAAGGUGAAGGUCGGGGAGUCCCGGGGCCUGGUGGUGGCGGCGGUGGCGCACGGCCUGCCCACCGGGCAGUACCCCACGCUGUCGGCGCUUGCGGUGCUGCCACGUGGCGUGGCGGGGGCUGUAGCAGCCACCAGCGGCGCGGCGGCUACAGCCAUCGCGGCUGCGGCUGCUACAGCCGCUGCUGCUACUGCUGCGCCUGCGGCGAAUGCCUUGAAUGGUGGCGGUGCGGUGGCCGGGCAUAGUCAGCCACAGCAGGACGAAGCGGCUACAGCUGCUGCUGCUACUGCUGCUAAUGCGGCGGGCACAGCUGGCGGCGGCGGCGGCGGCGGCGUUAUGGCGAGCCAGUUUGCGGACUUUGACCCCUUCGCGGCCUCGCAGAUGGGCGAGGCGGGUGGCAGCGGCGGCGGCACUGGCGGCGGCGGCGGCGGCGUGGUGGCGGCGCCGUACACGAUCCAAGCGAGUCAGCAUCAGGACCCACUGCGGGGCCUUUGGGACCGGGCCGCAGCCGAGCUGCCAGAAGCUGGCGGCGGCGGCGGCGGUGCUGCUGCCGCGGCUACAGCUGCUACAGCUGCUGCUACAGCUAAUGCCGCGGGUGCUACAGCCGCAGACAGCGCGCACCUUGUGGUGGUGUUGGCCAAUGAGGUGCUCGGGGAGGUGGUGGUGGCGGAGGUGGCGCUGGGGGACGCGCCGCUGGGGAUGCAGGUGGCGGUGCCGCCGCUUCCCCCGCCCGACGCUGACCUGUCUCCGGAGGACAUCCGCAAGCUACGGCUACCGUACAUUCAGCUACUGCCGCCGUACCGUGAGUACAGCGCCGCCGGCCUCGCGCCGCCGCCGCUGCGGCUGCCGUCAACCGCCGGCGUAUGUGUGGGAGCAGGUGUCGAUGGCGCUGCUACAGCUACAGCCAAUGGCGCAGCUGCAGCUACGGCUACAGCCAAUGGCGGCGUCAGUGGCGGCGGCGGUGACGGCGGCGGCGGUGGUUACGGCGGCGGCGGCGACGUCAGCUACCAGGGCCAACUGCCGCGGCUGGCGGACGCGGUGUGGCGGCCGUCCUGUUUAGGCCACGUCAACGUUCUGGGCCUGCCGUACCCGCUGGGCCGCAAUGUACGGCAGGAGCUGGGGGAGCGGCUGCUGACGUGUCUGGCGGGCGCCCGCAGUCGCGCGUACGACACGCCGGGGUUGGGCAGUGCGCACUGGGGCCGGCACGGCCGCCCCGCGCAGGCGGCAGCGGAGUUUGUCAACGCCAGCCGACACACCCCAGACCUGGCGGGCCUCGCCACCUGCAUCAUCAGUAGCAGCAGCGGCAGUAGCAGCUCCCAGCUGCUGCUACUGCGGCUGUCGUACGACGGAGACCUGCUGCUACAGCCGCUGCGCCGCUUGCCGCGCGGCUGCCCCGCCGCCACUCGGGCGCCGCUGUCUGCUACAGCCGCCGCCGUGCCGUCCAUCUUCCCGGCAGCCGCAGCGGCCCCACCUGCUACUGCCAACACUGCCGCCGAGACUGCCGCCGACGCUGCCGCCGCCCCAGCGGCAGUAGGCAACGGGCCUGCUGGCACUGCUGCUACAGCCGUGGCUGCGGCGGCGGCUCAGCCGUGUGCGGCGGUGGCGGCGGCGGCGGCGGCUGCUGCUCGUGGCCUGGUGGUGGAGGUGCUGGAGAGCCCCUUCCUGUUGCCCGACCUGGCCUCCCGGCUGCAGCGCGACGCCGCCUACGUGCCGCUGCUGGCCGCCUACCGCUCGGCGCGCGAGGCCGCCGCCGCCACCCGGCACCUGGCGGCGGCGGCGGGCUGGCUGCCGGGCGGCGGGCGGGAGCGGCAGCGGCGCUACCUGCGGCUGGGCUCGACCACUGCGGACACGCGCCAGGGCUGUGUGGCGCUGCCGGCGCACCACUUGCAUAUGGCCAGCCUGCUGCGGUGGGCGGCGGGGCGGCCGGCCGCGUCCGGGCCGGAGGCAGGCGCCGGCGCCGGGGCGCCGGCGGUAGGGGAGGAGGAGCAGGAGGAGGACGCGCAAGAGGAGGAGGCGCAAGAGGAGGAGGAGGUGGAGGAGGCGGGGGGCGGCUGGGCGCCGGGGCGACCGCGCUGGCGCCAGGUGAUGGCGCUACUGCCGGCUGCAGCUGGCGGCGGCGGCGGCACUAGCGGCGACGGCGGCAGCGGCGGUGGCGGCGGCGGCGGCGUUGCGUACAGGUCCUCCCGAGCUGACGUCAGCACUCACGGUGCCGCUGACGGCACGGGCGGCGCCGCGGGCCCAGGUGGCGGAGGCGGCGGCGGCGGUGAAGCGGCGGGCGCGGGCGGCUCGGGCCCGCGCCACAGGUCCGGCACGCCGCCGCCGCCCGCGUUCAUGGCCACACAGGAGGCUCCGCCGCAGCUGCCCCUGUCACAGCUGCCGCUGUCGCAGGACGGGGAGACGUGGCGGGGCAGAGGUGGUGGAGGCGGUGGCAGCCAGGGCGCAGACGCGGCAGCUGUCGCGGCGGAGGCGGCGGGGCAGCGGCGCGGCAGGGACAAGGAUCGGCCCUCGCGCCGCCGCCGGGGCGGCGGGGGGGCUAUGGACGUGGCGGCAGCGGCGGCGGUGGUGGAGCGGGCACCCAGCUUUGAUCGGCUGGGUGUGGCCGUGGUGCGGCCGGUGCGGCCGGCGGGGCUAUCGGCGGGUGUGUGGGCGCUGCUACGUGCCGGGGAGGCGGCAGAGGCGGCGGAGGCGGCGGAGGACAACAACAGCAAUGGCGACGACGGCGUCGGCGGCGGCUCAGGCGGCGAUUGGGGGGAAGGCCGGGAGGCGGCCGAUAGCAGGAAUGGAGGCCGGCGGCGGCGGCGGCGGCUGGAGCCUCCGGCGGCCCCUCCGGCCGCGCUGGCCUUUGCGGCGCGCGUGGUGAAGCAGGCUGUGCGGCAGCGGCUGCAGGUCGCCCGGCACCCGGUGCUGCUUAGCGAGCUCACGCAGGCUGCCGUGGACGCCGCCGGCUCGGGAGGCGGCGCCGCCGCCGCCCUACUGCACAAGCGCAGCGCCGCUCAGAAGCCGUCGCAGCGGGCCCGAUUGCAGCAGACGAUGCGGCCAUUGCGCGACUGGAGCAAGCUGCGGCAGGACGCUGCGGUGUGGCGGCUGGGGGAGGUGGUGGCGGCGGAGGCGGCAGCGGCGGCGGCGGCGGCGGCAGCAGCGGCGGCGGUGGCGGCGGAGGCGGCGGAGGGAGGUGGAGGAGGAGGCGGGGCUAGGACUGGAGUGGUCGGGGGUGGCAGCGGUCUGUGGGAGCUGGAGUACCAGGAGCAGGCGUUGAUGGCGGUUGAGGCGGGGCGGCUGGCGGCGGAGGUGGCGGCCGAGGUGGCGGCGGCAGCGGCCGGCGGCGGCGGGGAAGGUGAAGGCGCUGGCGGCGGCGACCAUAGGGCAGCGGUGGGGCUGUGUGCGGUGGCACACACGGUGCCGGCCGCAACAGCAGCAGCAGCCGCUGCUACAGCCGCGGCCGGUGCUACUGCCGCCAGUGGCGGGGUCGAGGUAUGCGCCGUCGUCACCGCCCCGACGCCAUUGAUGGCAGCAGCAGCAGCAGCACCACCACCACCACCACCAGCACCCGCCGCCGGUGGCGGCGGCAGUAGCACCGGCGGCGGUAGCGGCAGUAGCACUGGCACGUGGGGCAGCCACUUGCCGUACCUCGACUCGCUGCUGGCGCUACAGCCGCAGCAGCUACGUCCGGCUACAGCCGUGCUGGUGCCGCCGCCCGACUUCCCCCCCACGCCCGUGCCGCCGCCGGCGGCCGCCGACGCCGAGGCGGCGCGGGUGCAGAUGGCGGGCGAGGUGGCGGCGGCCGCCGCCGGCCGCCGCACCGGUGGCGGCGGCGGCGCCGCGCCCGCCAUCACGGUGGCCGCUGACGUCAGCAGCACGGCCAGCCGCCACCGCGGCGGCCCGCCGCCGCCAUGGCAUCAGCAGACCGUGUCGCAGAAGGCCGUGGGCUGGCACAUGCGUGCGGCAAACCAGGCCGCGGCAGGCCGCAUCGGGGCUCCCGACCUCGCGGCGCGCCGCCACCGCCUCACGCCGCCGCCGGCGCCGCCGCCGCCGGCUACCGCCGCCGCUGGCGUGAGCCUGCGGCCCGGGUUGGGCUCGUGGGCGCCGGUGCUGACGCCGGCAGCGGCUGUGUUUCUGGAGGCUCUGGUUGCAGACUGGCCCGAGUAUAAACACGUGCCUGCGAGCGGCAGCCACGGCCACGGCCACGGCCUCGGCAGCGCCGGUGCCGGUGCUGCAGGCGGCAGCGGACAGGCGGGCAGCGGACCGGCGGACGCUGGGGCGGCGGAGGCGGAGGCGCUCGGGCAGCUGGGGGCGGCGGCGGGCGUGGAGCAGCCGUUGGUGCAGUGGGCGAUGCCGUCACUGGUGGACUGGGCGUUGCGGCUGCGGCCGCCGCCGGUGGCGGAGGCGAGGGUGCUGCCGCCGCGCGGCGCUGGGGCUGGGAUCGGCGGCGGCGGCCGCGGCGGAAACGGCGGCGGCGCUGCAGGUGGUGCCGCUGGCGCAGCGGGCGCGAUGGUGCUACACACGGGCGCAUACGGGGGGCCUGAGGACCCCGGGGGAGAGGAUGGGAGCCUGGUCGCUGGGGCGUCUCAGGGGCCCGCUGCGACACUCACCGCCGCGGGAGCGCCCACAGCAGCAGCGGCAGGCGCCGCAGGCGUGCCGGCAGCGGCAGCGGCAGCGGCAUCAGCAGCGGCACACAGGAGCGCACUGGCGGGCGCGGCCGGUGCGGCGGCCGGUGCUCAACGGCCUCCCUCCCGCCUCGCACGCACCACGCUUGCGAGCGCGCUAGCCGAUGAAGCCCUCGGCUUUACUGCUGCUGGUGCUGCUGCUACUGCUGCUGGUGGUGCUGCUGCUGCCGCUGCCCCCGCCGUCGUGGCCGCUGGCAGCCCGAGGGGCAGACAGCUGGUGGCCGUGGCCCCCGCGCCGGCGCCCACCCACACGGCUGCAGCCGCCACGGCCGCCACCGCCGGCGUCGCGCCGUCACAGGCACUGCUGACGGCUGCGUCCCAGUCACCCACGAAAAAGGGGAGACCCGCGUCGCCAGCGGCUGGGCCGGGGGCAGGGGCGGGGGCGGGGGCGGGGGCGGGGCAGCUGCCAUCGCUCCGGUCGCUUCUGCCGCGGGCCGCGGGGGGCAGCACCGCCGCCAGUGCCGCUGCUGGAGCCAGCGGCGGCGGCGGCGGCGGCGUCAGCGCGUUCGUGCCGUUGCGUCUGGCGUCUGAAUCCACGGGGGCAGCAGGCGCCCGUGCAGGCAGUGGAGAUGCGCUGGAAUGGUCGAUGCAGCACCAGCAGCAGCAGCAGCACCACCACCACCACCACCAGCACCAGCAGCAGCAGCUGCUUCCGCUGGCAAUGACGCAGACCGGCUCGCAGCUCUCGCAGCCGCCGCUGCCUCUCACGCAGCUGGCCACUCAGGGGUCGCAGCAGCAGCAGCCGGCACUGCUACUGCCGCCGCCGGCGUCGCAGCGGGCGCGUGGGGGCGGUGGCGGCGGCGGCUCCCGGGGCGGCGGCAGUCGACAGCCGGCCGCCCCCUCCCGCACAUAUACGGAGGGCUUCUGAGCGAACAGGAAGGAAGGCGUUUCUUUGUCAAACGUCGAUUGCGUGCCCUGUCGGGUUAUAUUGUAUGGCAUGGUCACUGUGUGUGUGUGCGAUGCGCGGUGAUCCGUAGAUCAGGCCACGAUACGGGUGUUGGCUGCAUGUGGCACCACCACUGCAAAGAUCGGCGAUGCAAACGUUUGUGUUGUUGUUGCUGUGGGGUGGCGCCUCUCGUCGAACUCGUGUGUGAUAUGGGAGUGGCAGUGAAGCUCUGAGGGCAGUGGGAGCAAAAGCAGCAGUAGCGGCAGCAGGGGCAACAGGGGCAGGAGCGGCACUGGUCAUUAGAGCUGUUCGGGUCAAGAGCGGCUUGAACACCAGGUGUGGACAGACGAACACGUCCAGAAUAGGUGCAGUUCAGCAAGGCACUGGCACUGGCGCUUUUUAAGACUCGCGCGCUC